AUGGCCAAGAAACCGUAUCACCUCCGUCAUCAGCCGCGUAAAUCUUCAUCGACGACUACGCAGGCUUUCACAGUUAUCAUUCUUCUACUCUUCUUCAUUAUGAUUCUUCUCGGUCUCGGUAUCCUUUCACUACCUAGCACCAGCAGGUCCUCUUCAAGGCCGGUUGAUUUGACCACAAUUGUACGGGAUAGCGAGGAGAGGUUAGGAGUUAUGGAAAUGAAGAUGUACUCGUGGGAGCCUAGAGCUUUCCUUUACCAUAAUUUCCUGACAAAUGAAGAAUGUGAGCACUUGAUUAGCAUGAAAAAGUCAAAGGUGGUUGAUGUGCAAACUGGAGGGAGCAAAGACAGCAGAGUACGAACAAGUUCAGGAACGUUUCUUAAAAGAGGGCAAGACGAAAUAGUGGAAGAGAUUGAGAAUAGAAUUUCAGAUUUCACCUUCAUUCCUGUAGAAAAUGGAGAAGGGCUACAAGUUCUCCACUAUGAAGUUGGGCAGAAAUAUGAGCCUCAUCAUGACUAUUUCUCAGACGAGUACAAUGUCAAAAGAGGAGGGAACCGAAUAGCUACGGUACUCAUGUAUCUCUCGGACGUUGAAGAAGGCGGAGAGACGGUUUUCCCUGCAGCUAAAGGAAACAUUAGUGAUGUCCCGUGGUGGAACGAGCUCUCACAAUGUGGUAGAGAAGGACUCUCUGUUUUACCAAAGAAGAGAGAUGCUUUACUCUUCUGGAGUGCGAGGCCUGAUGCGACCCUAGACCCUUCAAGCUUGCAUGGUAAGAAAGAGAGAUAG